GGGGGUGUGUGAGUGGUUCGCGCAACUGCGGUCGUACACAAGUACGAGCCGUAGGAGGGUGUCCUCCGCGGUGAAAGGUCUCGGUGGUUUUCGACUCGGUUCUCCCGUUUCUUUUGUUUCUUCCAUGAACGAUAGCGAGUGGAGCCGAGGGCCGUUGGUUCGUCGUCGUUGGUUCGCGCGAUUUCGAUGCCAGAAUUCUAACAGGAAGUCGAUUCGCGGUCGGAAAUUAGCCCCUUUCGCGGAGACCGGUUUUCUCGUUUCAGCUCGUUGCGGAGAGGGACGAGGGAAAGGGGCGAACGAGAUAGAAGCAGAUAGCGUGGGUAGAGGGAGAAAGAUGUAGGCGAUCGGUGGGAGAAGGGGCGAAAGGGAGACAGAGAGGGCGAAGGAGGAGGUGGAGAAAGAGAGAGAAGGAGAGACCGAGCCGUCAGCGAGAGUAGUACCAAUCGCGGAGCGUUGGCGGACAUAAGCGCGCUAGGGGUGUGGAAUAAGCUCAUUCGUGUGUUGUUCUAGCAUCGAGCGUUAGCGAGAAAGGAAACGUUGAAACACAGAAAUGAGAGAAUAUCGUUCGCUUCGCUGUUCGCCGUCAACGAUUCGACUGGACGCCGUUACCAUCGUCUACUCGCGUGUGUAAUCAGUGCGAGCAACGGAAAACUCAGAGCCAAGCACGGAGUCACCCGCGAUAACACCGUAAGUGGUCGUUUUACAUCGACGAGGGAAGAUAGUACGAGAAUCCAUAUUUCCGUGGAAAUAAAUUAUAACGCGGGGGUUCGUAAACGAGCGAACAGCUGACACCGCGAGCUGCUAAUCGCACGAACGCGACUUGAAAACGUCGUGAACAGCCGGUCAGCUGAGAAAACGGCUCUCGUGGGUGUGGAACAAUCCGGUCUAGGGCGAUUGAUUGUGUGGGUGUCGCGGUCGCUGCAGAGACGUCGAAGAGCGCCAUCGUCGUCUCGGCCGCCACGUGAAUCGCAAACACUGAGAAGAAUACUUGUAGCGUUGAAUAUCGUCUGGAAGCGAGGCAUACGUGGCACGGAUUUCCUCGUAUGAUCGAGGCUACGCGUGUAUUCUACCGCUCGCAUUAACGCGUUUCUUGUGCCGAUUCAUUUUCCAAGGAUUCGUCUGCUUUCAACUUGUGAAAUUUUGUUGAUCGCACCUCGAUGUUUUUGAAGAAUUUUACGAUUAAUUUUGCUGUGAUACAACACGACGUUACGUUGUUUUAUAGUUGAAGAAGACGAGAAAAUACAUACAUGGAAGAGUGUUUUUCUGUGCACGAUUCGAGGCUGAAGAAGAAAAAUCCCGAGAGCCAGUAGAUAUUAUACCCAGUGACCCGUUUCCGUUCGAAAUCGAUGAAAUUCCGAAAACGUUUGACAGAGGUCAGAAACACGACCACGUAGCCAUUAUUAUCGUAUCGUAUCCGAUUGGUCGCGCGGCCGUCAACGCGACACUUGGCUAGUGCUGAAACGCGGACUGGUCUCGUUUAACCGGUGGCAGAAGCGCUCCACCUGCGCCCGCCGUGUAUAGGAUCGCGUAUUCCCCUGCAAAGUUCAAGAACCUGGGCUUCGUGUGUACGGCAGAAACGAGUGCACCAACGGCACCCGUGACCCGUUUUCGUUUUCAAUCGAUGUACUCGUGAACUGGGCCGCUCGUUCGCUUGAAACCUCGAUACCUCGCGAGGUGUUCGACCAUCAAAACAGAGGGAACAGGGUAAACAAAUCUGCGAACCGUGAAUCAUAGAGUACAAGAUACGAUAGUCGUAUAGGGAGAGAUACACGAGGAAGAAGAGUAGAUUAAGAUAAAGAAAAGAAUCGGAGCACGUUAGAGAGAAGCAAAGAGAGCGGGGGAGAGCAGUGCGCACAUUCUAACCUCGCAGCCGCCAUAUCGAGGACGCGAGGAGGAAGCUUGUCGAAGGUCGCUUUCGAGGAACACCUGGGGGACAGCCCUCGUAUCGUUCCAUGCUGGCUUCGAGCGGAGAACUAGGAUCGGGGACGGAAGAGAGAAUGCGAGAACCUCCACACAGCCUGUGAAACAUGAUUUGUCAUACAGAUGCGGUCGUUGGUAAUCGUACGACGAGAGAUAACGACGACGAGGACGCCGACGGAGACGAGGAUCACGGAUCUAUCCAGCGUCGCGUCGAUGCCUCGACGAGUCUCGAUGACGCUCGCAUGAGAGCCAGCCUCGAGGCGGACGAUAAGACGCGUACGAACAAGACAGUCCGGUGUCGAGUGGCUUCCACUUGUCCAGUCGAACGUCGGGCGAACGUGCUGGUCGUCGUCGACGGGCUUCCAAGCUGCGUACCGAUCGUCACCGAUUGUCAUCGUCUUGUAUGCUGUGACAAACGGCAUAAACAGCAGCGACAGAAACAGCAGCAGCGGGACAAGCAACAGCCAGUGGAAGAUACGAAAGCGAGAGCACGGCAUAAUCUACGCUCGUCGAAGGCGUACCCGUGUUGUCGUGGCCAGCUGCGCCGAUUACCAGGUGUCGGAUGACUCCCCCCGUACGCUACAGCCUUCCCGUAGUCGUAGAAAGGACGCGAUAUCCCGUAGGAACGAGCGUUGUCGCGCGGCGAGCGAUCCUCGUCGCGGUACCUCAUCGGCGGCGUCGUCGGUGCUGCGCCGGCCCGCGCGUCGCGCUAAACUCCUCGCGAUUAGACCUUCCCGUGCACGUUCCUAUCUUACGUCCGUGAUGGCGGCUGUACCUGAUAUGUCGCACCUCACCCCUGAGGAGAGGAGCACCAUCGAGGAGGUUAUAAUAAGGCAGAAGCAGGAGGAGGAAAAGGAAAAUGAGAUUAUGAGACGGAAGCAGGACGAGGUGACGAUCCUCGAGGAAAGGAUACGGGCCUGUUCGGAGAAACACAAGAAGGCGGGAGUGGAGUUGCACGCCACGUGUCACAUAUGCCUGAAAACCAAGUUCGCCGACGGCGUCGGCCACAUCUGCAACUACUGCAGCAUCCGGUGCUGCGCACGCUGCGGCGGAAAGGUCACUCUACGGUCGAACAAGGUAAUAUGGGUGUGCAUUCUCUGUCGCAAGAAGCAAGAAUUGCUGUCGAAGACCGGACAAUGGAUAACGAAGGCGGGCCUAGCAGCCGGGGACAACGCGAUGCUGCGACGGAUGCAGGACAUGCAGGUGGGUGGUCCUCCGGGACUCGUGGACCAAACUCAGGAUAAAAGACCGAAACUCGAGAGAGCGCACAGCGCGGCUGAAAAGGAGAAUUUACCAUUGUUACUAAGGAGCGGAAGUUUGCUCAGAAGACAGUACUCUCAGCAAGAGCAAGGCCCAGGGCGUCGACUGCCAACGAGCGAUAGCGGAGUGGAUAUGUCCGUUUCGCCUCACUCGAGAAGUCUGCCGACGCCCCACGUAGCUUCGCCGCAUCAGAUGCAACAACCGCCAAGGCAUCCGGACGCGUACGCGGAGGAUGACCCGAAUCUGUACAGAGGCGAGAUCGACGGUCUUAUGAAACAACAGAACUACCAGAGACAACGACCGAUCUACCCGGAUCAGAACACGGAUCUCGCGAUGACAUACGGUCAACCAACGGUAGAAGCGGGCCCACCACGAAGCGCUGUGCAUCCUACUCAGCAACACUCGGUGCAUCAAACGCAAAGCGCGCACCCACCGCAACCGAUGGGUGGUCAGGUUGGUCUUCAGCCUCAGAGAAGCUUCAGCAGCAGCGAGGAAGAGCGAAGCACACCCGAGUGUGCUAGCGACGAGCCUGACGAGUCCGAGAAGGGGAAGGGGUACUACCACCAUACGGGAGGUCCGAUAUCAAUGUCCAGCGGUGGACGUAGGCACAACGGACCUCACAACGGGCACCACAACAUGGCCGCGAUGACCAUCGAAUAUAACGGUCAUCAUCCACCGCGAGAGCCGCGAAAAGAGGAGAGCACUCUCGUGAGACGGAGCUUCCGAAGGAGUGGCGACGAGUGGCGCUCCGACAGUAGGAGGUUCACGGAGAGGAGGGGGAAAAAGACAGUGCGAUUUCACGGUGGGACCAAUGUCGGCGGCCCUCAGGAGGAUUGGUCUUGGGAGGCCGAUCGGCAAGGUAGCCAAGACAGCGCGACCAAAGACUCCGGAAUAGACACCUCUAGCACGUUCACGAGCAGUGAGGACAGCAACAGGGGCGACCUGCCCAAGCAUCCGUUAUCCUGGCAAGUGAGCAGAGACGGUCAGAAGAUCAUUGGCCACAUGGUGUUGCGAAAGCAGCCCGGAAGCGGCUCCGCAAGCAGUAGUAGCAUACUGGGGCUGAAAGUGGUCGGCGGCAAAUUGUUGGAGGAUGGCUCUAUGGGCGCCGUCAUCGAGAAGGUCAAGAAGGGUAGCACGGCUGACAUAGAAGGUCAACUGAGACCCGGUGACGAGGUGAUCAAGUGGAACGGCAGGUCCCUCCAGGGCAAAAGCUUCCGUGAAGUUUACGACAUCAUCGCCGAGUCGAGACAGGAGCCUCAAGUGGAGCUGGUAGUUUCGCGGAAUCUAUCGUCGACGACGGGUCCGGUGACGAUGCCUGCGGGGCUGACACCUACAGCGCCGAUGCCGUCAAGGAAGAUCGCCGCGCAGAUCCAAUGGAGACAAAAGCACCCGGAGACGAUAUCCGGGCCACAGCAACCGCAUCACAAAGAUUAUAUGAUUUUUCGUAUUCCAGGUCUUAAGAAAUGUAUUCUAUGGGAGUUAUACGACGCGAGGCGCGAGAAACCUUCGGUUUUAGUGACCUCGCCGGGCUCGCCGGAUCUUCACGCUCAAGGACGCGCCAGGCACCUCCGACACACUUCCGGCAAUGCAAACGUCGGAGGUAAUCUUCAGGUGAAGCUGAGCUUCGAUUCCGUGGCGCUACGGUUGAUCGUCACGUUGAUCUGUGCGGCUGGGCUCACGCCCAGGAGCAACGGCCAACCCAGAAAUCCCUACGCCAAGAUCUUCCUGCUUCCGGACAAGAGCGAAAAGUCGAAGAGACGAACGAAGACGUUGGCGAACACGAACGAUCCAAAGUGGAACCAGACGUUCAUCUACGACGGAAUCAGGAGGCCAGAGCUGAGGAAAAGGGCGUUGGAAGUAACCGUGUGGGACUACGGGAAGUACGACACGAACGAUUUUCUCGGCGAAGCGAUACUGGAACUGGCGACAGCUCAUCUCGACGAGGAGCCCGAGUGGCAUCCGCUGACCGGCCACGGGGAACACCGACAUAUUGGAUACUAUCAGGAGCCCGAUGACAUGGUGAUAACUCCGGUGGACUGCCAUCUCAGUCCACCGUCGACGACGUCGCGGCUGAGCGACUCUGACACUUCCGAAUGCGAUAUCACGGACUGUGACGUCUCCAGGGAGCAAAGGAGAACAGCUGACGGUGCCAGUAUAAGCAGUAUCGGCAGUUCCUCCAGGUUUCAUAAUAUGCCGUCAAAUUAUAAGCGCCACUAUUCUAGUCCCCCGCCGGAAAGGGAGCUGUGCAUCGACGGGGAGCAUCGAAGUCGAAGGGACAUGUCGCCGCAGGGGCGUAAACGGGCCGCCAUCAUGAUACGGGAUCAGCCAGCGUCUAUUUCUGGUUACCAGACCUAUCGCAAGGACGAUAUUCAUCGAGGAAUGAUGGGCCACAGGUCGCAUAGUGCAGCACCUAUGGACUCGCCGAGCCUUCGGUAUCGCGGAAGGUCUCAAAGUCCCACCGGUCAUCGCUCUCUGUCUCCGCCGGAACAUAGAUCCAUGCUUUACUCGCACGGCUACGUUCCACCCAGAUUCAGCUCGAGGUCAGCGACAGCCACUCCCACCGGAAGUCCGAAGAAGAGACAAUUGCCUCUGAUUCCGACGGCUCUGAAGGAAAGGGCUGUUCAGGAUCCCGAGGAACGGGCGAGAUUUAUGAGACACCGCAAUAGGCAGGUGCAUACCACGUACAGGAGUACGGGUACGGGAGGUUGGGAAAAACACUAUAGCGGACUGUCGGAUUCGGAUCUGCUCUCGAUAGAUCAGGAUCCGUUAUCUUUGCCGCACAGUCACCCUUAUCGAAUGCACAGACCGCGAAGGGGAAAUUUAAGUCCUGACAAAGACGUACUUGGUGAUCUUGGUGACUCCGAUAUGGAGAGUAUAGCCUCCGUGACGAGCAGUGCCUUCAGUACGCAAUCGGAACGACCACGUGGCUCUAGAGGACUAAUACCGACAGUUAAAAACGUUUUAAUACCCGGUGUCAUAUCCCCUAUGCCCCUGCCCCCUAGGCGCAAUAGGCGCAGGCACAGACUUAGGGUACCCUGCAGCGAAUGUCACUGUCCGAACAACAAUCCCACCAAGCCCAGGAGCAACAACCCCAGCAAGCACAAUCCCACCCCGCAUCCCCUCGUACGGAGCAAGUCCGCAGUGGUGCGCUCGUUGUACAGAAAGAUGCGUACGCCGUUCACGAGGUCGCAGACCGUCGACGAGAACAUGCUGAGAUAUUACAGCCCGGAGACCAGCGAGUACAGCGUCUCCGAGGGGUACUUGCUCAAGCCAGAGGAGCUAACCGGUAGCUCUAAGAAUCGUAUACCGGAGAUAUACGUGGAAGAUUGCCUUCAGGUCGACUUCAACGAUCGCCUCAUCGAGAAGUUUCGCGACAGAUACUCGUCGCCCUAUCAAGUGGACUCCGGUAUGCGUAGACGGUCGCGUAGCUGGCAAGAUCGUACUGGCAGAACCGCGAAAUCUAGGCACCACUUGUUCUCGAGAGGCUUGCACGACUUAACGGACGAUCACGGCAUUAGGAACCUAGACGUUAGCUUACGGCCGCGUAGAUCGUUUUUAUUCUCGAAGGCUAGGAGCUUCGACUACGACGUGCUGCACGAUACCUACGCUGAUCGUUACGGUUUCGGACUAGGCACGGGCAUGCUCUCGCGUAGAGCCAAGAGUUUCGAGUAUGACACUAUAUCAAGCAACAUAUUCAGCGACGACAGCCUGAGAACCGCCCGUCGUAAAUUGAAGAAGAACAUGGCUAUUAACGAUGCCGGUUACGGCGACAAGAUACCGGCUCUGGGUGAUCAGAGUAAAUCGUACUUCGACUCGAACAGCGACGACAAGAUGCCUAAGAUUCUGCUCAAUCGAGAGAAGAAUUACGAUUACAUGCUGAAACAGGAUCACAAACCAUUCUAUGGAUACGAUUCUGAAUUUAGUUGCGGCGAGACGGAGAUUUAUAUGCCGCGCUUCGACAAACAGAAUAUAGAUAUGGACCUUGCCGGUAAAGGUUACCACUCGUACGAUCUGUCGGAGGAAAAUUCCUUCAGCAGCGACGAUCAAAUAGGUCUGCGGAAUGUCCUUGGCCGUGAAGAUCCCACCAAAAGGAAAUACAGAGACUCGACGUUCCAGGAGCACGAUUCCGCGUUCGGUCUAGACAUAUCCAAGAAACGAACGAAGAAUCUCGACAGCGAUAUCUGCGACCCGGCUAACGAGCACAUUUACUGCAGCAUCGACGAGGCGCUGUCAUCCGCGGAGAAAUACGGCCCGGACAGGGACAUUACUUGUUCUUCGAUGCACGCUGCCUCGGAUUUAGAACACUACGACAAUCAGAGAACUAGCGGUCGUUCUCGAAGAAGAAGGAAAAGCAGCGAAUCGUAUCUGGAGAACGGAUACGAUGGUUACAACUGGGAUAUCGAAUACGACGAAGGGUUUAUCGACAGAGGGAACGUCGACGAGUACGGUCACCGGUUGUACGAUUACGAGGAUGAAAAUAUUCCGAGAACCGACGCAGAAAUGUACGAGGACGAUUACUAUAGAAGAAAAGACAGCAGUCGAAGUAGUAGACGUAAGAAAAGAUCGUCGCAGUACGUUGAUGCUGACUAUAUCGGUGAUUAUCGUGACUAUCGUUCCGCGGAGGAGUACGAUUAUCAAGCGCACAGCGGCCCAGAGUGUGUUGGAGCCGACGCUUAUCAAGAUAAUACGCUGCCACGAAGGAGAAAGAGGAGAAGUAGAAGGGGAAGCAGAGAAGUUAGUACGGGUGUCUACGAGAACUUACCGUAUCGAGAUACGAUAUCCAGCACGAGGGGCACGCUAACCAUACCGAGUUUAUCCGAUAGCAAGCGAAUGAUGCUGCAACGAGCAGAAUCUACGCCGAUAUUACGUUCCGACGAGGAACUGAGCUCGUCGGACAGAGCGGAAAGAGCCAGACGUCUGUAUCGUCGCAAAAGGAACAGCAGCUGCCCCGAAGCUAGAGAGCUCCGAUACUACGAUCCUCCACGAAGAAAAGACGAAGAAAGAAGUACGAACUUUAUUCUGGAUUCGGACGAGGAUUUCGGUUCGAUGGAGACGGUCGUGUGCGCGGACUGUUUCCGUCAGAAAAACGUAACGGGCACGGUGGUUAGCGAUGGUAUUAGAUCGGGCUACUACGACGGGGAACAGGUUCGCGAUGGUUACGUAGACUCAAGAUACGACUACGAAAACGUUCAGACUCGCGAUUAUCGGGAACCAUACGAACUGGCUAGGUCGGGAUCGCUGCGGUCGUCGUCGCAGUAUCGCGGUAGGCGAAAAACUAGUUGUCCGGAGUGUCGAGAAUUAGCGAUGUCGUACGAAUUAGGUAGGUCUGGCUCGUUCUCGCGAAAGAGCGAAGAGAGGAGACCUUCGGUAGAAUCGAGACAUAGGUACCGUAGACGAAAUAGCAGCUGUCCGGAGCCUAGGGAUCUCGAGCUACUCGAGAAGAGGCAGCAGCAACAACGUCAUCAGCAAGCCCAGCAGCAUCCGAGUCAACAACAGCAGCAGGGUAGUAAGAGGAACGUAGCGAUCAGCGACACCCUCGAGUACUACGAGUACUCGAUGGAGAGCGAGAGCCAGUGCAGCGAGAACUGCGGAUUUGGCCCGUGCGAUCCGCGUAGGCCUCGUAACCGAGCACCCCACCCCGGUAACGCUAAUUCAAGUCUCUUUGAUUCCCAAACCGCUACCUCCGACACUACUAAAAACUACCACCCACGGGCCGUCGAUCACCACGAAACCUCACGAAACACGAAACUGUCGCGGCGCGACAACUUCACUGAUACCGCCGUCACCUCGUCGUCGUCCCCAACGUCGUCGACUCGACGGCGUUCGCGGAAAAAAACCGCCGCCGACGAUGCCUCCGCCGCCGUCAACCAACAACGUGACGACGCGCGGGAUCGCCGCUCCUCCUCCAUGCCCGAAAGCAGCGAGUACAGUCAGUCGGGCUCGUACGAGAAGCCGUCCAGGACCCAGCCAGGCGAUAACGAGCACGACGACCAUAAAAGGGGACAGUUCACCAGGAGUCUUAGUAAUACCGACGCGCCACAGGACGAGAAAGUUGACGGUAGUUUGAGCGAUACGGCGAUCGGUUUGAACGUGGAGGACUCCUCGAGGAGGGGUCGCAAGAGUUCGCCCGGCAGUAAAAGCGGAAGCGGAAGUAGCAGCGGUGGCGGAAGCGCGGUGCAGUAUCAGUCAGGUCUCGGGAAGAAGAGUAACAGCACUAGUCAGCUGUCCGCCACAGAGUGCGGUAUCGGCGGGAUCUUCGUCGGAAGCGGUGUCGCGGAGGCACGCGCCGGUUUAUCGAGCCGGAAACGCAACAGCACGCCGAGCAGCAUACAGCGUUCCGAGGAGAUCGUACCCUAUCAACGCUUUGAAUCCGGGAAACAGUCGGGAUCGUUGGCCAGUGACACAGCCGGAAGUCUCAACUCGAUCUCUAGUUCCGAAGGAAGCUCUUGGUCUCCCAGUCUACGAAUGACAGGCGAAACCGGCCAACUGAGAGAUUUCAUCGAAGAUCUUGGGCCUGGCCAAGUGGUCGGAAGGCAGGCACUUGGUGCUCGCUGCCUUGGCGAGAUCCAGCUUUCGCUCACCCAGAAGAAAGGCUACCUUGAAGUGGAGGUCAUACGUGCCAAAGAUCUUAAACCGAAGCAGGGCACUAAAGCCAUUCCAGCUUCCUACGUGAAAGUUUACUUGGUGAACGGAAAGAAGUGUAUCGCGAAAGCGAAAACAAUGGCAGCCAGAAAAACGUUGGACCCGUUCUACCAGCAGUCGUUAGCCUUUAGAGAAAAUUGCCGGGGUUGUAUACUGCAGGUAACAGUGUGGGGUGAUUACGGCCGAUUAGAAGGGAGAAAAGUGUUCAUGGGCAUUGCGCAGAUCGUGUUGGACGAACUGAACCUCAAUGAGAUGGUGUUCGGGUGGUAUAAGCUGUUUGGCAACAUAUCCCUGGUCAGUGGACCUCCAUCCUUAGCUUUAUCCCGUCGAUCCUCGGCCACGUCCUUAGAGUCCUUUAAGAUUUAAAGAACUCUUCCAUCUAGUAUUCUCUUUACGUGUAAUCCGACGGUGGCUCGAGCUUCUUUUAAUUCCCGACGGAAAGAGUAAGAAAAAAGCCAAAAAAAAGAAGGUAUCGAGUCUAUUCUUAAUCGCGUUUGUCCAUAUAACGUAUACAUUUCCUUUUUCAAAGUGAAUCCAUAUAUAAUAGUUGUUUGCAAAUAUUCAAAGAUCGUUUAAAGAAGAAUAAAACGCGUACAUUAUAAGUAAAAUUGACAAAGAUUUUCAUGGAGAUUUCUCGCGAUACAUGUCCGUUCCAUUGUUCCCCAUUGUAAAGAUAUUCGUGUAUUAACGUUCGAAAUUCGAGUACGAUUUAUCGAUAGACCGUCGGCUCUGAAUACGGUAAAAGAAAAGUCAGUUACGAUCGAUGUCAGUAACGAGAAGAACUAUAUAAUAUAGAGAGAGAAGAGUUUGCGUGGCUAUAUUGGGCAAGUGAGUUCGUGUUGUUGAACAAAACGAGAAAAGUGUGUUUUAUUUGCAAGGUAACCGCGAGAAUGGGAAAAGUGUGAAAGGUCGUACGAGAGGACAUGUCUUUCUAGAAACACCACUAGCACAUCACAUAUCAUGUACGGCAUAUCAGAUGAGCCACUAGUCUUUAUGUAGACUAGAUGUAGAGAUAGCAGCCAUGUUCCUGGAGCGCCAGAUAGUUUUAGUGAAAGCAACGCAGAGAUACUCGAUACAAGAUCGAUACGAAUUUCAACGUGGUGUGCUAUGAGAAAGGGGUGCCGAACGGUGUUUCGAUGUUCGAUGUUGAAGUGAAACGAAGAACGAGAAAAGCAGUGAAGUGGUGAAAUUUGUUGAAAAUGGUAAACGUCGUAACGAACGGUGAUGUGACGCGAACAUUAUGAAUCAUCGUCACGAACCACUAACGAAAUUUUAAGUAAUAUUACCGUUUCGCGUAUUCGCGAUAGACAUUUCAAAUAAUAUUUGUACAUAAUUUAGGACGCUCCGAGUGUUGACGCCAGUGACGAUUUUCAGAAAUACAACAAAAAAAGACAGUCGCAUUCAAAGAACAAUCAAAUGAACAAAUUAAAAAGCAAAAAGAUAUAUUGAAAGAAGAAAAACAACAGAUAAAUAUACUUGGAACUCGUUGUCAAAGUUUUUAGCCAUCAUCGUCAAGAGAGCGAGAGAGAGGGAGAGAGAGAGAGAGAGAAAGAGAGAGAGAGAGAAAGGAAGAGAAAGAGAGAGAGAGCGUAUAUUAUUUAUUGUAAAUAUUAUAACAAUGAUAUAUAUACAUAUAUAUGAAUUCGCGAUACGUAUGCGCGUAGGUGUUUACAAAAUGAUGAACAAUUGCCUUGACCGUCGCGUUCUCGUUGUCCCGUUACCCUCGCGAUUUCGAGCAUCGCGGCACCACCCGCGCUCCAUAUUGAUUUUUACUACCACGAUCAAGAAAAUAGAGCUCGAGACGAAGAAAACAUUCGUCGAGUCUUGUGUCGCGUUUGAUCCGUCGAAAUCGGCCGCGAAUUCGAAGGCGUCGCGAGGCGAACGGGAACGAGGCCGAGAAAUAUCAUGAAUUAGCGAAUUGUUGUUGAACGUUAAAGUAGCCCAUCUUCAACUAUUUUGCGCGAGAGAGUACGUGUGCGUGUGUGCGUGAGAAAGAAGGGGAGAAGUGAAGUGCUAACUAUAUCGACUGUCGUAUAUUGUGAUUCUGUUAGUUUUUAUUUAAUUGUCGAAAAACCUCACGAAUCGGAUGUUUACGCGUAAGGGGACAGCCGUGUACGAUUUAGAAUCUUUUAUUCUCUUUAUCAACUUGCACUCGACUUUCAACGGAACGCUCGUUUUUUUAACGUGAAUAUUUACUGAACGAACCGCCCACGUAAUUCUUGCAUACAGCGGACACGACGUCCGUGAUAUUCGCGUCUCGUUUCGUCGCGGGACUCGCCGCGGAAACCGUGUACCGCGCGAUACACACUGCUGACGAACCUUUCGGGAAAGGAAGCGUGAAACGACGCUCGACCUCGGGCAACGAACGAGGCGAACGAUCGUGAAACUCACAAUCGAUUUUAUAUCUCUUAAUUCUCAUGUUAUGUGUUCGAUCUUUGUCUGUGCAUUUGUCUGGUCACUUGUGAACACAAUUCGAUGAGCAUGCACGUGUACGUAGAAAAUAUCUAUAGCAUUAAACACUUGAUUAACGAACGUGAUUUUCUUUUCGCUGAUUGUGCUUGCAACAUGUAAAUUCUCUUUACAAGGAAAAAAAGAAAAGAAAGGAAAGAAAAGUGGGAAUAGAGAAAGAAUAACCGGGGAAAAGGACGAGAAAAAGAAUCAUUGAUUACAAAGACAAAUAGGAAAAAGGGGAAUUACUCGAGUCGAAGAUUAGAAAUAACCUGCGAAUUUAACUGCUUCGAACAAGAUACUAAUACGCUCUGCUUUUGGAUUGCACGUAUACAUUCAGUAAGAAAUACAAUUACCUGUGGUCGUCCAUUUUUAUCACGAGAAAUUGAGUUCGUUCCCUUACAUCGCUUCACUUCUCGUUUGUUACUCUUUAAAAGGUACUCUCCUUGGAUAUUGAUCGACGUCACUGAAAUAGAGUCACCGUUUUUCUUUCGGAGAUACCGCAGAAUAGCUACUUUGAUACCAUGCUGGGGUUUAAAAUUUGCCAACGAAUUAAAUUUUUUUUAAAUACUAAUAUCUCCUUUUCUUUGUGAUGCUCAAAUAGAACAUUUCAGAUAUUAAAAUUAGAAUUUCCAAGUUUUUCUAAGUCAGUGACUUCGACAUCGAUAUCUUGAAAUUGUCUACGCUUAUAAAAUUCGAUGUCACGCUACUGUGCUUUCAAUUUUCUCGCGACGAUUCUCAUUUUCUUCUUGUCAUUGCACUCUGCCAUAUUAUCCACUAUCGCCACGCGAAAUUUCUACAAAAUUCUACAGAGUCGAAAGCAAGAGCAGAACAGAGAAACGUAAUCACGAUAUAAGGGCUUAGCUUCGAGAAUGAAACAGAGACGAGACGGACGAAAUAGUGAGAAACUCGAUUAUUUUGCGGCGAAUUUUAUAGAUAGGAGGAACCAUCUGGUAACCGGGUAAUCGAUCGACCAUUAUUACGUGGAGAAUGUAUAAAAAAAGAGGCGAUAUCUUAUCAUAUCUAUAACAUGCUUGAAUUAGUGGACAGAACGUGCAGCAUGGGAAUAAAAAAAGAAGCUUUUUUACUCGUGGAGAUAAAAAAAAAGAUACAAACCAAACGUAGAGCUCUAUCAGACGCGACGGCGUGUAAUGUAAACUAUCAAGUGACGAAACGAAGAAAAAAAUUACUAUUGUAAGACAAUUUCUAAAUAAAACAUUUUGCAAGUGCAUGACUUAUAUUAGUAGGCUCUUGGAACAAUGACUACAUAAUUAAUCACACAGCAAAGUAUAAACUCUGUAUUAGUGGCUAACACUUGAUAAGGGGAAAAAAUAUACAAGACGAAUUAUGUAAUACGUUCAGUUUGUAAUCCGCUGGUUACUUGCAGUUGUAAGAUCCUUCGCGAAAUUUGUUCGACCUUUAUGUCGUUGGAAUUACUACCAUUUUUUUCUUUUAUUAAUUUAUAUUUCAUUCGUAAAUGAAAUGAUAGCGUAUAAAAAUUCAAUUCGAUGAAAUUAAAGUAGCUUGAACGUUUUUAUUCUCUCCUUUAAUAUUUGUUAUAGCAUAUUUGUUAUGUGGUAAAAUUGCACGAAAAAGUUUCGCGAAGAUCUUAUCGUUGCGAUACUAUUAACGCUUACGAUAUAAAAUACUGCAUAUCCUAUACAAAUGUAGGACCUUUAUAAUUAGUAGCCGGUUUUAAGAAAUUCUAAACGAGAGAAAGAGCAAAAGAGCAAGGGAAAAGAAAACGGGUUUACUUUAAUAUAAUAACAUUGAUAAAGUAAUUCGGAGAACUAUGACAAGAACAUCGGCAAAUUCUCGUAGGAAAUUGCGCUAGAAAUUUUGAAGGGAGUCAAAAGCAAAAACCAGCUGGCUAGAUGUGAAGAAUGAUAAAUCAGAUAUAUUGUGUUUCAUUUAACGUAAUUUUGAUCUAAUUUCUACCUUGACUUUCUUCGCAGCAUCAAUUUGUUAUUUGCUAUUUGUUUAUUUGAGUAUCUUUUAAAUUAUUUUAUUAAAAAAUAUGUUCAAUAAAAGAAAAGAAAAUUCUAUUUUCUCUAAACUAAAAUGUGAUGAGCGCGUAACUUAUUUACCACUUGCUUUGAAAAUCGUCAAGUGUUGCUGAAGAAAAACAAUGCAAGUGGACGAACAACGCGAAGGGAGCCAAGGUGAAGCUUGUUAAUUUUCACACUCUUGCCAUGCCCAUUUGUACAUAGGCAUGCUCAAUCUUAGGAUCGAACACGCAUCGUGAAUCACAUAUAUAUUAUAUAUACACAUAUACAUAUAAAUAGUAUUAACUACGGAAACGAACAAAUUAAUAUCCAACUUUGUACCUAUAUACUUACAAAUUAACUUAAACGAAAACGAAAAAGAGGGUUGGAAGGGAGAUAAAAAAAAAGAAAAGAAAUACUUUCGAACAAAUAUAAUCGAGUCGAAUAAAAAACAAUGGCUGAUACGAGAUAGAAGGGGGCGUCAUAUUGAGAAAAAAAAGAGAAAAUAAAUUAAAUGCAAAGUGAGAUAGAAUGAGUAAAUAAUAAGAAUUACACGGAAUGCAGAAAAUCUGAGAGCCAAGGGGUACCACUUUUGUCAAAUUUAGAGAGCCAAUUUAGGUUUACGAUUAUGAUAUAGGAUAUGCGAGGAAGAACGAGUGCGAGAACAGAAAGAAAGAAAGAAAGAAAGGAGAAGCAGGGAAACAAGACAAAAAACAGAGGGACAUUGUCAACGAUUUCUUUACAAUGAAAUUCAUUACUUACUUAAAAAAUUCGUAGAGACGAUCCAGCGUAGCAUAGAAGUGUUUCUGUAAUCGCGUCGAACGGUAUCUCGAUCGAUCGCGUGCCUCGAAUUCGUCACAUUUACACUGAAUUUCGGCAAAGUCGUGCACAAACGAACAUGUAAUAAUCGCACUGAAUAAGAUCGUUUCAACGGAACUCAGGAAUACUUAAAUAGACAUUUGUCAAAUGCCUCAAUCACGCGACUUCCGGAUACAUACCUCUGAUUCACGUAGUCUGCCGCGAGUGUCGCUCGCGACGUAAUCGACGCACGCUAUCGAUCGUACGAUCACGCGGACACCGAUUCUCGAAUAUCGAUGAGGCAAACUUCAUACCGUUCGAAUAGCGCGCGUUUUACCGCCCGAAACGGUUUCUAAUUUAUCUGUACGAGAUGAAAUCUGUCCGGAUUUAUUUCGAAAAGGAACACGGAGGAGUACGGGCGAGAGAGCGAGGAAGAAAGAAAGCCAGAGAGCGAGGAAGAGAGAAAGGUAGAGAGCGAGGAAGAGAGAAAGGUGGAGAGCUAGGACGAGAGAAAGGCAGAGAGCAAGGACGAGAGAAAGGCAGAGAGCGUGGUAUAUCACGAGAAAAAAAGGUGCGUCAUUUUCGUUAAAAAAAGAUGAGAGAGAGAGAGAAAGAGAGAGAGAGAGAGA